AUGAGCCUCCCGUCAGAGCUCAAGUACAUCCAGUACGCCCACCGUCUCGAGGCCCAGUACCUGCCCUCCAUACGCGCCCUCAUCUCAAAGGACCUGAGCGAGCCCUACAGCAUCUAUGUCUACCGGUACUUUCUGUACCAAUGGGGCCACCUUUGCUUCAUGGCGCUCAACCCCGAGGACUCGUCCCUCAUAGGCGUGAUAGUCUGCAAGCUGGAGACCCACUCGUCACACUCGCCGCCCACGCGCCGGGGUUACAUAGCCAUGCUCGCCGUCUCCUCGUCCUUCCGAGGCCAGGGCGUGGCCACGGCGCUGGUCAAGAAGGCCAUCGAUGCAAUGGCAGAGAGAAACGCCGACGAGGUCGUCCUCGAGACCGAGGAGACCAACAUCCCCGCCAUGCGCUUGUACGAGCGCCUAGGCUUCCUCCGGUCCAAGAAGCUGCACAGGUACUACCUCAACGGCAACAGCGCGUACCGGCUCGUGCUGCUGCUCAAGAGCGUCGACCCGGACUCGGCGACCGACUUUGCGCUGGACGAGAGCGAGAGGCAGAGAUAG